AUGCCCGCAAUUCGGAACGAGGCGUUGAAGCAAUCUGCCGCCCCAGCUCCAGAUACACCAGUGUACAGGCCCGCCCCGGCCUACAAGCCGGCCUCUUACCAUCCACAGCCCCAGUACAAUGAGGAGGCCAAGCCUUUCGCUUACGACUACGCCGUCAACGACCGCUACUCCGGAGCCAACUUUGCCAAGAAGGAAGAGAGCGAUGGCCACAACACCCAGGGAUAUUACUCGGUGGCUCUGCCCGACGGCCGUCUCCAGUACGUCAAGUACGUCGCCGACAGCUACGGCGGCUACAACGCUGAAGUCACCUACGAGGGAGAGGCCCAGUACCCCGAGUACCAUCCGGCCCCUGCCUACAAAGCUGCCGCUCCGGGUUAUAACCCUCUCCACAAGCCUACCUACAGCCAUCCCGCCCCGGCAUUCAAGCCUGUGACAUACUAG